GCCGCAUUCCCGCAAACUUCCUCGUCAUUCCGCUGCCGAUACAACCAGGAAACGCCGCGUUUGGCCAGAAGUUGCUCCCGUAGUGCAGUCGUUACUUCGGCUAGCUAGCUAACGAACGAGCCCUUCUCCUGGAGCCUCACCACCGGUAUCGCCCGGGCCUCGCUGCUAACGUCAGCGGACUAAUCACGCCUGUUCCCUGUCGUGGUAACAUUUAAAGCUAACGUUGAACUGUGGCUGCGCAUCGCGACAUCAGUAAACCGACAGGCCACAUUGACAGGUGAUCUGAUCCGAAAUAUCAACGUGUUGUGCCGCCGCCUCCCAACUUGUAGCAGCAGUGUGCUCUGCUGGAGCUCCGGUGACAUUGCGGAGACUUUUGGACUCGGGGAAUUAGUUUGAGUCGCUAAUCUCAGCGGCAUUAAACAGUCUGCGGCUUGUUCUGAACAUGUGGGUGUAGAGUUUGAAUUCGUGGUUAUCGGCGCAGAAUCCGCUGAUAAGGGUCCUUUUUGUUAGCACCACUUCUUCCCCUCCUCCCUUUUCCUGUUUUUUCUUUUGGUUAAAUACAUUUUUUUUGUUGCCUUUUAUUUAUUUUUUGUAAAUAGAUUUUGUGCGGAGAGAAGGACUUCGCCAUCACAGAACUGCGACCAGUAGUUUUGAUGGUCUGGGAUCAGUCUGUACCCACUGACGGACACAAGCCUUGUGGGUUGAACAGAUCACAGGAGGAAACAUGAGCACAGCUAAGGCCAGUGGAAUCAAAGGGCCCAGCAAGAUAGCCAGGCCACCUGGGACAGGAGCCCCCAAAACCAACCCCAGCGCAGGAGCUAAAGUUGCAGCUGACAAAUCAGCUGCAAUUGCCAGUGGAGGAGAUGCCCAAAACGCUGAGGAGAGCUUCCAGGUUGGGGAGCGGGUAUGGGUGAACGGGAAUAAGCCAGGCUGCAUUCAGUUUUUGGGAGAGACACAGUUUGCCCCAGGGCAGUGGGCUGGGAUUGUUCUGGAUGAGCCCAUUGGGAAGAAUGACGGGUCAGUGGCAGGGGUGCGCUACUUCCAGUGCGAAGCCCUGCGAGGUAUAUUCACCCGCCCGUCCAAGCUGUCUGGCACAGAGGGGGAGUCUAAUGGAACUCUGACGGAACCGCCUUCCCGCGCCACAUCACCCACGCCUUCCGUUGAUAGCGUAGCCUCUCAUACACCUGCCGCAAAAUCCAUGAUGCCCUCUACUACCCCAGCAGCCAAGAAGCCCUCCACCACUACACCAGCGACACCAGCUACGCCAGCGACACCAGCUACGCCAGCUACAAACCUUGUGCGCACAAACAGUGAAUCUGUCUCCAACCUCUCAGAGACGGGAUCAGUCAAGAAGGGGGAAAGGGAACUGAAGAUGGGCGACCGUGUACUGGUUGGUGGUACAAAGGCAGGGGUGGUACGUUUCCUUGGAGAAACAGAUUUUGCCAAAGGCGAAUGGUGCGGUGUGGAGUUGGACGAGCCUUUAGGAAAGAAUGACGGGGCAGUGGCAGGCACAAGAUAUUUUCAGUGCCAACCCAAGUAUGGCUUAUUUGCUCCAGUGCACAAAGUCACGCGCAUCGGCUUCCCCUCCACCACGCCAGCCAAAGCAAAAACUACAGUUCGGAAAGUAGUGGCCACACCAUCAGGGCUGAAGAGAAGCCCCAGUGCCUCCUCCAUCAGUAGCAUGAGCUCCGUGGCAUCCUCUGUCAGCGCCAAACCUAGCCGCACAGGCCUGCUGACAGAGACAUCAUCACGGUAUAAUCGAAAGAUUUCUGGCACUACAGCCCUGCAGGAGGCAUUGAAGGAGAAGCAGCAACAUAUUGAGCAGCUCAUGGGUGAGAGGGACAUGGAGAGAGCUGAGGUCAUCAAGGCCACAAGCCAUGUUGGAGAGAUGGAGCAAGAAAUUAACCUGCUCAGGGAUGACCACGAGCAGAUGGAGACUAAGAUGGAUCAGUUACGCACCUUGGUAGAAGCUGCAGACAAAGACAAAGUGGAGCUACUGAAUCAGCUGGAGGAGGAGCGUAGGAAAGUGGAGGACCUUCAGUUCCGUGUAGAAGAAGCUUGUAUUACCAAAGGAGAUCUGGAGACGCAGACCAGACUGGAGCAUGCCCACAUUAAGGAGCUUGAACAGAGCCUGCUCUUUGAAAAGACCAAAGCUGAGAAACUCCAAAGAGAGUUAGAAGACACUAGGGUUGCUUCUGUGUCGGAAAGAUCCCGUGUAAUGUAUCUUGAGAGGGACCUUACACUGCGUACAAGAGAGGUAGCUGACCUGCAGCUGCGCCUGGGAACCGAGCCGGGCUCUGGGGACUCUACUCUUUCUCCUCUCCUGGAAGAGAUACACUCUCUGAGGGAUCAGUUGGCUGCCCAAGAAGCCAAACAGCAAGAAGAGCUGACUACAUACAAGGAGAAGCAAGAUGCUCAAGAGAAGAUCCACAGUAAGGAAGUUGCUCAGCUUCAGGCCACAUCUGUGAGGCUCUCUGGUGAAAACGAACAGGUGCAAAUGCGCUUAAGCCAAGCUGAGAAGGAGAACGCCGACAUCACUGAACUGUGGCGUUCCAAGUUGGAGUCUUCUGUUGCCUCUCACCAGCAAACCCUAGAGGAGUUGAAGGUGUCCUUCAGCAAAGGUGCAGGUGCCCAGACAGAAGAGCUUGUAGAAACCAAAAGUGCACUUGAGACACUGAAGUUAGAGCACAAGUUGGCUGUGGAGGAGGCGGGAGCCAAACAUGAUGCUAACACCGCAGCUUGGACUCAGGAGACACGGGCACUGAAAGCACAGCUGCUGUCUUUGACGGAAGACAAGGAGCGACUGGAGGAGUUGGUACGGUCCAGCGUUGACAAAACAGAGGAGCAGCACCUUGUGGAGAUGGAGGAUGUCCUUGGAAAGCUUCAUACUGCCGAACUUAGGGUUAAGGAGCUUGAGGAGAAAGAAGAAGUGUUGGCACAACAGGCCCAAGACAAGGACAGACAGACCAAAGACCAGAUGGCAGAAGUGGUGGCUCUGCGCAGCAAAAUUGCACAAGGUAGCCAGGAGGUGGUGACCCUGAAGAGUCAGUUAGAGAAGGUUCAGAGCCAAGAAAACCACCAGGGUUCCAAGGUUAGUGAGCUGAGCUCUCAGUUGGAGGGUCAACAGAAGGAAGUCCUCUCUUUACAGCAGACUCUGACCACUGUGAAGCAGGACAACGACACCCUUGAACAAGAACUUGGAGGCUUGAAACAAAAGUUGGCUGAAAGCACAGAGGAGCAGACAAAAUCAGCUAAAUCUAUGCAAGAAACCCUUGAGAAGCUUAAUAAGAAGGAAGAGCAGUGCACAUCCCUGACCACAGAGUCAGAGUCUCUGAGAAGUCAACUCGCCGGGCUAGAGAGGAAGCUGAAUGCUGCAGAUGAAAAGCUGGAGCAGCUUUCAAAAGACAAAAGCAAGCUGGAAAAGGACAUUUCAGAAGUGAUGACGGCAUCUGGGGACAGCUCAGUACAACUGACCAAAAUGAAUGAAGACCUCAUACAGAAAGAAAGGAGGCUUGAGGAGUUCCAGAGUCAACUUGCAGAGGAGAAGGAGAAGGUUGCACACUUGGAUGAAAAACUCCAGCAGGAACUCUCCCGCAAAGAGCAGGAGCUGAAAGAGAGCAACGAUGCACAUAACUCUCAGAUGAAAGACCUUCAGGAAAAAAUUGAUAGCUUGGAGAAGACUGCUAAACAGGGUGCGACCCUGGUUGGGGAGCUGAAGGCCUCUCAAGAGAAAUCCCUCUCUGAGGCCUCAGAGCUCCACGUGAAGGAACUUGACGUGCUGCAGAGUCAGGUGGAAACGUUGAAGCAGGAGCUCUCGUCCUCCAAAGACAAAACCCAGGAGCUGAAAAAGCUGGUGUCCGAGCUGCAGCCAUACAAGGAACAGGCUCAGUGCCUUUCUGCUGAGCUUGACACCUGCAAGCAUGAUGUUGAACAAUUGUCGAAAAAACUGGAAAAGCAGAGCCUAGAUCUGGAAAAGGUGUGUAAGGAAAGUGAGGAUGUUAAGGCUGUGAGAGGAAAACUGGAGACACAGCUUUCAGAUUUGCAGACUAAGCUCUCUGCCCUUGAGGUUACUCACCAGGAGCUUUCACUCCGGAAUGAAGAACUGCUAAAAACCAGAGAUGAGCUCUCAAAACGUCAAGAAGAGUUACUCACCAACAACAAGCGCUCGGAUGAGGAACGGGUUGUAUUGAACAAAGAGUUGGAGAAGCUCAGAGAUCUUCUUCAGCAAGUGCAGACUGAAAACAAGAACCUGACGCGUACUAAAGGUGAAAAAAUAGCCCAAAUCGAGGAGCUUCAAAAGCAAAAUGCAGAAAAGAACGACUUGCUCCUAAAGCAUCAGCAGGACAUUGAGCAACUACAGGCUAAAAAGAAGCAACUGCUUGAGGAUUAUGAAAAGGUCUGUAAAGAGAGGAGCCGGCUUGAAGAGGACGCCAACGAAAGCAGGUCAAAGCUCACGUGUGAGAAGGACGAUCUCAUUUUAGAGAGAGAUGCUGCUAGAAAUGCCAAAAAGUCUCUCGAUGCUAAGAAUGCUGAACUGCAGGAAAAACUCAAAUCCUUGAACUUGGAAAAAGAAGAUCUUACAAUGAAGAAUACCCAGCUGCAGGCACUCACAGAAACACUGACAAAAGAGAAGGUGGAGAUGUCCUCUGAGAUCAGUGCCUCUGUGUGCGAUAAAAAGAACCUGGAGACAGUGAAGGAAGAGCUCCAGAAUAAGCUUGCUGUUACAAAGAAAGACCUGGAGACUUCUAUCCGUGAAUGUGAAGAACUGAAGGCCUCAAAAAGGAGCCUGAGCCAGAUGCUGGAGGAGUUCAAGACAAGCAGUCAGGUGACCGAUUCUGAGAGAGUUCACCUUCUGCAGGAGAAAGAAAACCUGCUUGCGAUCCAAAGAAAAGUCUGUAACGAGAAGGAAGAGCUCCUCAGAGAGAUGGAAGAAAUAAAGGAAAAGCUUCAAACCUCAACAGAACAACAGUUUCAGGCCAAUGAGAAAUUCAAAGAAGUAUCAUCGUCCUUUGAGCAAGAGAGGCAAGUGUUUCGUCUUCAGAAUUCUGAAACUGAGAUGUCUCUGCAUGCUAUUCGAAAGGAAAAGAUGAGCCUGGAUUCAGCACUAGAGCAGCAGAAAAUGGAUUAUGAGCGUUUGGCAGGGGAGAAGGGAGAGCUGGAGGAGAAACAAACCAAGGCCUUAUCUGAGAAAAGUCUUCUUUCUCUUGAGCGUGAUAAGCUGGCUAGUGAUGUUCGUUUAACUAAGGACGAGAUGGACAGUUACUCCAGAUCUAAUGCCGACCUCAUUCAAGAGAAAUCUCAUCUAUCAACAUUGCUAGAGGAAAACAAACGGCAAAAAGAUGAAGUUGAAGCGGAGGUGACCUCUUUGAAACGAGAAAAGGCUGAACUACAGAAUGAACUGCAGAAACAAAACUCUGAUAUUGAAAAUCUUGAAAAGGGCAAACGUGAACUUGUUCAAGAACAUGGUAAAUUAAAAAUGGAUUUUGAGAAGACCAAUUUAGAACUUGUGCAACAGCUGGAUAACCUGACGAAAAAUGGUCAUCGUCUGCAGUCGCUGCAAACUGAAGCUGACAAGAAGGUGCAGUCUCUGCAGAAAGAGAACCAGGGGCUGCUUCAGGAGAUCCAAGAGUUUAAAGCUCAGACUGAAUCGAUGGCAGAUGCAAAGCAGCUCCUUGAGACCCAGCUACAAGCUGAAUCCGGUGAACGGACGAAAGAGAUGUCCCAUAAGGAUGGUCUUUCCAAACAAAUCGAUGAACUGCAGAAAACAUUGUCCAAAGCUACACAAGAAAAUAAACAGAUCUCUUCAAACCUUAAGAAUGCUGAUGAGCAAAACCAGUCUUUUAUUGUGGAUAAGGAGGCUUUGGAAACACAGUUGAAGCAGCGAGAGAAAGAAACCAGUCACUUGACGGAAGAUAAAGAGCAGUUACUAUCUAAGCUUGAGGAGAUGGGCAAACAGAUGACCCUCUUGACCACAGAGAAAGAGGACCUUCUAGCUGCACAGUGUAAAGUAGAGCAGGAUGUUUCUUCUCUCCAUGCCAACAAAGAAAAUUGGCUCACAGAACGAUCAAGGCUGCUCGAAGAGUUGGAGAAGUUGCAGGUUAGCCAGAAACAAUUGGAGGUUGACGUCAAGGCCCUACAAACCGAUAAAGAAGUUUUGGAUAAGCAGUACAGGAAUGCCGUCGCAGAGGUAUCAGCUUCUGCUGCAGUGAAAGAAGAGAUUUCCUCCAGCGUCUCAGGGUUAACAGCCCAGAAGAAUUCCCUGCAGGUGGAGAGAGAUGAAGCCAUCCAGGAAGUCAGGCAGCUCGAGUCCCAACUAAAAAAUGUCAUUUCUAAGCAGCUUGAGGCUACAGAGGCCUCUGGCACGACUGCUGAGGCUCUCGAACAGCUGGCUAAAGAGAAGGCCAGUUUGAUUCAGGAGAAGAACGAGGCCACGUCUUUGCUGGUCGAGCUGCGCAGCUCCCAAAAGGAGACGGACACUCAGCUGGAAACACUGAAAAAGGAGAAUUCCAAGCACCAAGAGGAUCUGAAAGUUUCCAAAGAUCAGCUUCACACAGAAAGUCAGAAGAUCAAGAGUCUGUGCAAGGAAAUCGAGGAGCAUAAAGAGGCGGUUUCUGUGAAGUCGCAGUCCCUGCAGACUCUGCAGGAUGAAAACAACAAGCUGACUCAGGAGCUGGAUAACAAACACAGAGACCAGAGUGAUGUCUCGAAGCUCAAAGAUGGGCAGACAAAACUCAAAAAGCAGUUGGGACAGUUGAAGCAAAGCCUGCCAAUUAAUGCCUUCAGUGAGAGCACCUUGAAGGAGCAGUUGGACAAGGAGAAGGCCGCCCUCCAACAGUCCGUCCAUAAAAACAGUGCCUUAAUCUCAGAAAAGGACCAGCAGGUGGAAAACCUGAGGAGCGAGCUGACUGCACUGCGCGGGGAAAGUGUCUCGGCUAAGGCGCUGCAGGGAACUAUUCAGGCCUUGGAGCGGGACAAGGCCAAUCUACAGGAGCGUGUUCAGAGACUGGAGAAGGACCUGGCUGCAGGGCCUGAGAACAUCAACCACUCGUCAGGUGAUGCUGCUUCGGACCAGUCAAGGGAGGAUAAGGACACUGCAGACAGUCAGGCAGCGAUUGAGUUCCUGAAUUCAGUCAUCGUCGACCUCCAGAAGAAGAACAAGGAACUCAAGGACAAGCUGGAGAAAAUGGCAGAGGCUGCUCUCAAUGGGAAUAAUCGGAGUGAGCUGGAUAACUACGACGGCAACGGACAGGAACCCGUGAAGAAGAAGGUGCCCCCGAGGCUGUUCUGUGACAUCUGCGACUGCUUCGACCUCCACGACACCGAGGACUGUCCCACGCAAAUGCAGAUGCCCGACUCGCCCCCACACACCACCUACCACGGCUGUAAGGAGGAUCGGGCCUACUGUGACAUCUGUGAGGUCUUUGGCCACUGGACCGAAUCCUGUACUGACGAUCAGACCUUUUAAAGCCUUUUUAACCCUCGUUCGCACAAUCACACUCUAUUUGCACAUGGUGUUAGAUAACGCAGUCCUUUUGGGGUUUUAAUUUGUGCGUGUGUGCAUCUCAGUGUGCUUGUUUUUGCAAAGCGUCUUUGUUGUCCACACCAGCCCUCCAGCGGUCUUAUAGGUGAACGGCCUCCUCAGUUUAUCCUUCAGACAUCCAGAAAAAAAACCGUGUUUGUGAGUUUGGAGGAGAGAGGUUGGAUCUCCUGGGUUUGUGUGAGUGACGGGAUCUUGUGGGUGGACAUAUUAUUGUGGGAGAAGCGAUGGUCUACGGAUCAUUUAAUUUAUCAAUAUCCUAACAUUGUUUGCACAGCUUGUCGGGGGGAGGGUGUUACAAAGAUAAUAUACUAUCAUUAAAGGUCUUUAUUUGAAACUGUAAAUUACUUGAUUAAAAAGAAUUAUCAAUUUGUGCAAAAAAGGGUGAGCUAUAGUUUAUUUUUUUAUGCCUGGAAAUACUACGUACUCUUUACUGGUUUGAUAGUAUGUGUCAUUUUGUGAAAGGGGGGUUAUUGCUCGGUCUUGCCUGAAGUGUAGGAGUGGAACCAAUGCUGUUUGACUCUAAGAGGAUGAUGGUAAGAAAGAAGCACUUCUCACUUGCUGUCGGCCCUCAGCUCCAGUGAAAUGGCCUUUUCCAAAGCGUUUCUUUGCUAUUAAAAGAUCAUUUCUGUAUGAAACGAUAAAAUACUUUCUUUAAAAAUGUUUUGAAUAUCUGUGUAAAAUAAAAGAAAUUUAUGUAUAAAUUAAAAAUCAAA